CUUACCGCGCUCCUCACGCUCGCCAGCGGCGCACACGCCGCAUCGCAGAUAGCGCUGUUCACCGACGACAACUGCCAGGACUCGUUCAAGGGCCUCGAGGGCCCGAACGGCUACCCCAACGGCUCAUGUACCGACUUCCGCCGCAGCGGGUCGUACGGGAGCCUGCAGGUUGUUGGGCUGGAUGCGGGGUGCGCAGUGACUAUCUACGUGCAAGACAACGACACGACGAUAUGCGGCGGCUUCCAGGAAGAGAUUCAGCUCGGACAGUGCUGGAACAGCACGUUUGUGUACUACAGCAUUGAUAUGUGCGAUCUUGGCGCGAGCAGCUCUUCUGUCAGUUCACCGACAGCAUCAGCCUCGUCGACAUCUUCCGCUGCCCCAUCGACCAGCCCCACGACAGGUACGUUAGUUGGAGCCGUCCUCGGUGGUCUUGCGGGGGGAGCGCUGAUCCUGGGUCUCGCGCUGUGGCUGCUGGCAAGGAAGAAACGAGCGAGGAAAGCGAGGGACGCAGCUGCGGCUGAGCACAGCCGGGAUGACGCUGAGAUCGCAGUGAGUCCGUACCGAAGCGAGAUGGACGGCACCUAUCAGCGGCACGAGAUGGCACAGGGCAAGAUUGUGUACAAGCAAGACGCCGCCGAAGUUGCACAGCCGCCCGUCGAGCUGGGCGGGUAUGAAGUGCGU